UCCGGGUUCAUUCCAACUGGAGGCACGACAAUCUCCGCUUCUUCCAAAGUGGGUGUUUUUGUAUGAUGGUCGCGGCUUUAACACCCUCGCCACACUGGAACCAGGUCGAGUGUUCCGACAGAGCAAUUCCGGGACAAAAUUUGCCACAUUUGGAGUUGUGUCGGAGGGGGACGGUCAAACCCUAACGUAUGGUAUUGUCACCAUAUUGCUUCGCCGUGGUGCUCAGUGAAGGGGAUAACGGGAGGGGGGUAGGUCACGCGCGGUCGUCGCGAUUGGGGAAGGAAGGGGAGGCCGGCAACGUAGAUGGUUGAGGAGGAAGGAACGGGAGGAGGUGUACUGGACGGGGAGCGGUCCGUUGAGGUCCAGGUUCAGGUUUGCGCGAGGAGGAAUUUGGAUACAUUUGGUUUUGAGGCAACAGGGGGAGCAGGACAGGGAGAUUGGAAGUAGGUAGCCAUGCCCUAUGUCCCUCCACAUCUGAGGGCGGGAGCCGCCUCAGCAGGAGCAGCACCGGCGAGCGGUGGCGCAGCACGCAGAGACGGAGGAGGUCGGGACUCGUAUGGCGGCAGCUUUGGAGCGAGCGCGGGUGCCAGGAGGUCAUCGUCGGAGGUUUCGUUCGGCAACGGGGGCAGCAGCUACGGAAACGGGUAUGGGCAGGGGAGUCGGGAGAGCAGCGGUGGGAGCAAGGAGGGGAGCGGAGGAGUGCGAGGAGCGGGGCAUCCCGAGGUGGUGUGGGCGACAUGGCAGCCUUCGGAGCGCGUGCAGAAGCUGCAGCCAGAGCAGAUUGCGGAGGUGAGGGCCAGGCUGAAUGUGGACGUGGAGAUUGCGACCGGCUCGGAGCCGGCGCCGGCUCCCAUCGAGUCGUUCGAGGACAUGUGCCUGCAUUUGAGCAUCAUGAAGGACGUGACGUUCCACAAUUAUACGACGCCGACGCCCAUCCAGGCGCAGGCUCUGCCGGUGGCAUUGUCGGGGAGGGACUUGCUGGGGUGCGCGGAGACGGGGUCGGGGAAGACGGCCGCGUUCUCGCUCCCCAUGAUCCAGCAUUGCCUGGCGCAGCCCCCGAUCCGCAGAGGGGACGGCCCGCUGGCGCUGGUGUUGGCGCCCACGAGGGAGCUGGCGCAGCAGAUUGAGAAGGAGGUGAAGGCGUUCUGCCGGUCGGCGGAGGGGUUCAGGACGGCGAUCGUGGUGGGAGGGACCAACAUUUACGAGCAGAGGUCGGAGCUGCGGGCCGGCGUGGAGAUAGUGGUGGCCACCCCCGGCAGAUUCAUCGACCACUUGCAGCAAGGGAACAGUUCGCUGUCGAGGGUGUCGUACGUCGUGCUGGACGAGGCGGACAGGAUGCUGGACAUGGGUUUCGAGCCUCAGAUCAGGGAGGUGAUGAGAAGCCUUCCGAAGAAGCACCAAACGCUACUGUUCAGUGCAACCAUGCCGGAGGAGAUCGAGGCCUUGGCUCAGGAGUACCUGGACAACCCGAUCCGGGUGAAGGUGGGUCGGGUGAGCAGCCCGACGGCGAACGUGACGCAGAACCUGGAGAAGAUCACGGAGAAGGAGAAGAUCGAAAGCUUGCUGGCUCUGCUGGUGGACGAGCACUCGCAGUCGCUGGACACCAAUCAACCACCGCCUUUGACGAUCGUAUUCGUGGAGCGGAAGGCACGCUGCGACGAGGUGACGGACGCUUUGGUGGAGCAAGGGCUGAAGGCGACGGCGCUGCAUGGGGGGAGGAGCCAGAGCGAGAGAGAGGCAGCACUGAGGGAUUUCAGGAAGGGCACCACGAACAUUCUGGUGGCGACGGAUGUUGCAUCGCGAGGGUUGGACGUGACAGGUGUGGCGCACGUGAUCAACUUGGACCUGCCGAAGACCAUGGAGGAUUACGUUCACCGGAUUGGGAGAACAGGUCGUGCAGGGGCUUCGGGACGAGCAACGUCGUUUUACACGGAGCGAGACAUGUUCCUGGUAGCCCAAAUCCGAAGGGCAAUCACGGAGGCGGAAUCCGGGAACGCCAUGGCGUUCGCGACGGGCAAAGCCGCGAGGAGGAAAGAGAGGGAGCAAGCAGCGGCGUUCAGGGAGGGGAGGGUGGCUCCUUUGGGAGUAGCCCAAAUCGGUGCAACGACGGUUCGUGUGGACGACAAGUACAAGCACAUGCUUUCUGCCGCGGCGGAUCCGAAGAAGGGCGAAGGUGCAGCAGACGACGCAUGGGAGGACUAGUGACAUGACUUGGCGAUGCAGGCGGUUGCUGUUGGCGCAGGCAUUGCCGGGGAUCAGGAAGGUCGUCGGGAGUUUCUUUUUAUUUUUAUUUUUAUUGUUUCAUUAUUUCUUUUCAAAGAGAAAUAGUUGUAAAUUUUGCGGGAUUUGAUAUUCAGCUUUCACAUCGAGAUCUGAAAGCAAGCGGGCGUCGUUCCCGCGAUCGUUUCAGCAGCCGAAGUGUGAGGGGACUUGAGCGGAAUGUGCUGUAGCUGACACGGGACUGAAAGUAAGCAAACUACAGCCCCGAGGGAGUGAGAAAUGAAUGAACAAGCGUCAUCGCACGCGAUCGACGAUGUGGUGCUCUUUUCUGUGAACCAAGGUUUUUGAGCAGCACGGACGUCGUUUCCUGGAA